AUGUCUACCCCUAAACAUGAUACCACAGAAGAAAUUCCUCAACAACUCCAAGAGAGAAAACCUAAACUCAGACGGAAUGACUCCCUUGAAGUGGAAUCCGGCAAGCUUGAUGGCCGCUACAACCACCGCUCCAAGGGUGGAGAUUGGAGUAUGAUAUUGCAUCUUGCGUUUCAGAGCAUCGGAGUUGCGUUUGGAGACUUAGGGACAUCACCUUUGUACGUAUAUCCAAGCGCAUUCACAGAUGUAAUAAAACACAACGAUGAUAUAAUUGGAGUUCUUUCUUUGAUCUAUUAUACCCUCGCCAUAAUCCCUCUCAUCAAGUACGCCUCCAUCGAGUUACGUGCCAAUGAUAAUGGGGAUGUACAUUCCUUUUCACACCACCAUGUACAUGUUUGUACUGUAUACAGUGUAUGUAUUCUUUUUGAAGUUUAUGUAGAUAAUGAAGACUUUAAAUUUGGUCAGCCUCAAUUACUUGAUUAA